AUCCAACAAGCCUCCGUCGCUGAGACGCGCCGCGCGUAAUUACCACGCGUGAGCCUCCUCAAAGACUCGCGGACAGAGCCACUUCGCGAUCUCGCUCCGUGACGCGCCAUAUCUCAAUUCUAGAGCAGUUCCUAAAGUUUCUCAAUCCUAAGCGGAUACCGCGCGUCGCGGCGUCAUCGUGACCGCUAAGUACAAUUUCUAAAAAAAAUGGGUUGCUGCGCGGGCAAGCUCCAGUUCCACAAGGAGACGAAGCGCCAGGACAAGAAUGAGUACCUCGCCGCGGCGCGCGCAGAAGACGCCGGACGUGUAUUGCCGGGCGCGCGUCGCGGGCGGGCCGCCGCAGGACUGCCGCGACUGGUGGAAGACCAAGACCGUCCAGAACUCGGUCGCGCCGCAGUGGGACGCCGAGUUCACGCAAGCGUUGGCCGCACCGGAGCUCUGUGUUGUGGUAUUGGAGUGCUGGGACGACGACACCGUGACGGGCGACGACUUCCUCGGCACCGUCGCCGUGCCCCUGUCCGAGGUGACGUCAGGGAAGCAACUCGACUUGCCUCUACUGGCCGCGACGCUCGCGCCGUGGCCGCGGAAGCACGGCGCGCCGUCCCUCCAAGUGACCUUUGAUUUGGUUCUUAUUGCGGCGUCCCGAGCUGCCUUCAUACGCGCACGAGACCCCGCCACGCCGUCGCCGCGACACUCGCCACGCAGGUCUAUGCCGACGCGCGCGGCCCCUCGGGAGGGCUCGCCUGA